CGCACCCUCCCGCGGACCGGGCUCCAGCGGCCCCCACGCUCCACAUCCAGGCACAAGGGUGUUGUCUGCCUCACAGCUUCUCCGUCAGGGACUCCACAGGCAAAUGCACUUAGCGUGGUUCCAAGGAGGCCGGUCAAGAGCGGGUCUCUGUGCUGCAUCCCCACCACUUUGAUGAGAACACGAAGCUCCACAUCUUCUUCCACAGUCUUGUUUGCCUUUUGGAUUUUAGCCAGUCUGAUUCACUUCUCUCCUGUUCUCUCCACUGUGAGCCAGAGGACUUGAAAGUCCACUCCCCUUGCAUUCCAGGCCCGGACUUUCCGCCCAGGUCAAGCACCACCAUGAGCGUGGAACCCAUGAAUUCCACCAACAUCUACGACGCAAAUGAGGAUUAUUUUGGGUUGGCUAAUAGUUCAGAUUAUUCACUCGAUGUUGAUAGCUUUCUGUGUUCCUUGCAAGAGGUCAGAAAGUUCUCUGGGCUAUUUGUGCCACUCGCUUACUCCUUGAUAUGUGUCUCUGGCCUCCUGGGCAAUAUUUUGGUGGUGGUCACCUUUGCUUUUUAUAAGAAAGCCAAGUCUAUGACAGACGUUUAUCUCUUGAACAUGGCCGUCGCAGACAUACUCUUUGUCCUCACCCUCCCGUUCUGGGCAGUCAACCAUGCUACUGGCGAGUGGAUUUUCAGCAACGUCAUGUGCAAACUGACCCGGGGCAUCUACGCCAUCAACUUUAACUGCGGGAUGCUGCUCCUGACCUGUAUCAGCCUGGACCGCUACAUCGCCAUCGUGCAGGCCACCAAGUCCUUCCGGCUCCGGUCCAGAACUUUGGCUCACCACAAAGUGAUCUGUUUGGUCGUGUGGGUGGUGUCGAUCCUCAUCUCCAGCUCGACCUUCAUGUUCAACCAGAAAUACAAGCUACAAGGCAGCGACGUCUGCGAGCCCAGGUACCACACCGUCUCCGAGCCAAUCCGCUGGAAGCUGCUGGUGCUGGGACUUCAGCUCCUCUUCGGCUUCUUCAUUCCGCUGGUGUUUAUGAUAUUUUGCUACAUGUUUAUCGUCAAGACCUUAAUUCAAGCUCAAAAUUCUAAAAGGCACAGAGCCAUCCGCGUGAUCAUAGCCGUGGUCCUUGUCUUCCUGGCUUGCCAGAUCCCGCAUAACAUGGUGCUUCUUGUGACCGCCGUCAACCUGGGCAGGACGGACCGCUCAUGCAGCAGCGAGAGGCUGCUGGGCUACACCAGGAACAUCACCGAGGUCCUGGCUUUCCUGCACUGCUGCCUCAACCCGGUGCUCUAUGCCUUCGUCGGUCAGAAGUUUAGAAGCUACUUUCUGAAGAUCAUGAAGGACCUGUGGUGUGUGAGGAGGAGGCAGAAGUCACCGGGCUUCUCCUGCUCCCGGCUGCACUCGGACAACUUCAUCUCCCGGCAGAACAGCGAGACCGCGGACAACGACAACCCGUCCUCCUUCACCAUGUGACGCCCCCCGGGCUCGGCGCGGACGGGCGAACAGACAGGACAGAAAUGCACGGGGAAUGUGGACGUGAAGCAGAAGCGAGCGGGUCUUUCCUGCAGGAUCAGGGCUGCCCGUGCUCGGGUUGUUGGCAGGCACUCAUGGGCAGCGUCCCCCAAACUCACUCGACGGGGAGGCUCUGUGCCCCGGUCCCUGACGGCUGGCCUUCUGCAAAGCAGGCUUCGGGAAAUGCUGAAUGAAAACGAACUGCUGACAAACGUGAGCUCUUUCAGGAAUAUUCACGGAGCAGCCCUAGACCACGAUGUCUUCUGGUCAUCGCAAAACAUCCCAUGGCUUAAAAAACCAAAAUGGAAAAAACAAACGAAAGCCCUCGUGUAACUCA